UUCUGUUUGAAAAAUGAAUGACGUAUAGUCUAUGAAAUACAACUUUUUUCCUGGUUAAUUUUUUUAAUAAAAUAUUGUCGAUUUUUCUGCUUAGUUUGUAAGCCACCAAAUGAAAUAUUUAUCUAUUUAACAAUACAGGAGAACUUUAGAUUCGUUUAGAAAAUCUAUUGCAUUUACGGACCAUCGGCAAAUUUGCUAAGUAACCUUAAAAACAAAAGCGUGAGGAUGACAUUUCUUAGCGAAUGGUAGAAAUAAUUCGGAUUAAAGUCUGUAAUUUAUGGCAUUUAUGUUUCUAGACGUAUAAAAUGCAAUGUUUUCUUCUUACGAAAAGUUUGAAAAACUGUGAAUUAUAAACAGCCAUUUCGUGACCGAUAUAAAAGCUCGUAUAAAAUGUUAAGUUUCAAACCCUUGUAUAGUAUCAUUUCAAAUUUAAAUAGGGCAAAAACCCACAGAUAUGUCCUGAAUAAAAGAUUCAUGGGUGUUUUUUCACCUAGGAAUUUAAGGGAACAUUACAUAAAUUGUAAAAGAUACUACAGUUCGGAAGAUAAAAAAGGACCACAAAUUCCACCCAAAUCUGAAAAAAUUAAACCGCUCGAAGAAUGUCACACACCAAACUUGAUGUCAAUGGAUCCAAAACCAGAAAAGCCAUUUCAAGAAGAAUAUGAUAAACUUAAAAAAAGAAAUAUGAGAAUAUUUUAUUUAGGCGUAGUUACCUUCAUUGUUUCUGUGGCUGCAACCUAUGCAACUUUCCCAACUGAAAAAAAACCUAAACCAAAAGUGAAAUCUGUCACCCACCAUCCAAAAAGAAAGGACAAGAGACCCAUUCCAAGAAAUCCAGAACUGCCAAAUGAUAUACCUAGGAAAGUUCCUUACCUUUUAAUAGGAGGUGGUACAGCAUCUUUUUCAGCAUUUAGAGCGAUUAAAUCUUCUGAUCCAAGGGCUCAAGUUCUUAUGAUAACAGAUGAACCAUACUUACCUUACAUGAGACCUCCUCUUUCUAAAGAAAUGUGGUUCAAUGCAGACCAAGAGAAGGUUGAGAAACUUAUAUUUAAACAAUGGAAUGGCACUGAGAGAAGUUUACUUUAUGAACCAGAGGAAUUUUACACUCCAAUAAAAGAACUCGUUCAUAAUGAAAAAGGUGGCAUUUCAGUUGCCUCUGGAUAUAAAGUUGUGGAAAUUGACCCCUACUGUCAUAAGGUCAAGUUGGAGAAUGGCCUUGAAAUUGAAUACGAUAAAGCCCUUCUUGCCACUGGCGCUAGGGCCAAGUCUAUCCCUGUUUUUGAUUCAGCAAAAACAGAUACCCACAUACGUAAUCGGGUGAAAGAAUUGAGGAAUAUUUAUGAUUUUGAGGAUUUGCAAGAAUCUUUUAAACAAUCCUUAAGAGUUGCUAUUAUUGGUGGAGGGUUUUUAGGGAGUGAAUUGGCUUGUGCUCUAGCAAGAAUAGGUUGUUAUGACAAGAAAGUAGUUUACCAAGUUUUCAAAGAAAGUGGAAAUUUGGGAAAGAUAUUACCAGAAUAUUUGAGUCGAUGGACCACUGAUAAAGUGACAGCAGAGGGAGUUGAUGUUAAACCUAAUGCUGAAGUUAUAUCAUGUAGCUAUAAUCACAAAGAUAAAAUGCUUCAUCUCAUCCUGAAUACUGGAGAAACCUUGAAGGUAGAUCAAGUAAUCUUAUGCACAGGGGUAGCUCCGGACACAAACCUUGCUAUAAAGGCUGGAUUGGAGAUCGAUCCAGAUUUGGGAGGUUAUUUAGUGAAUUCUGAACUUCAAGCUCGUUCAGACUUGUAUGUGGCUGGUGACGCUGCAUGUUUUUAUGACCCCAAGUUUGGACGAAGACGUAUAGAACAUCAUGAUCAUGCAGUUGUCACAGGUAGAUUAGCUGGUGAGAACAUGACUGGAGCACAUAAGCCGUACAUCCAUCAGAGUAUGUUCUGGUCAGAUCUUGGUCCAGAUAUAGGUUUUGAAGCGAUAGGUCUUGUUGAUUCUAAACUACCUACAGUUGGAGUGUUUGCAAAGGCUAAAACAACAGAUACACCAAAAGCACAUAUAACAGAGACAGAUUCUGAAGCAGUGAGAACUAGGGUAGAAGUUCAUCAGGCGCCCCCCUCAUGUGACGCCAGUAUAGAUAAAACAGAGAGAAGGGAUAUUGAAGUCAGUUCGAAAACUGAAAGGCACGACCUACCCACCACUGAAAACCCGGAUGAUUUUGGCAAGGGUGUCGUUUUCUAUAUGAGAAACGAUAAAAUAGUAGGGGUUGUUCUUUGGAAUGUAUUCAACCGCAUACAAACCGCGAGGCAGAUAUUAAAGGAGGACAAGACCUAUGAUGAUCUAAACGAAGUAGCAAAGUUGUUCAACAUACAUCAGGAUUGAAAAUAAACACUAAAAGCAUAAACCUGUUCUUUCGUGCUUUCAUUCUACCUCACAACAAAAUCCGAGUGUUUAUACAAAGAAUUAAUUAAACUUGGCAUUGUAUUAUAAAAAUCGUCUUUAAACUACAAAGGAACAUUUAACAAUUAUACUGUAUAUAAAGUUUGAGUGUGAUAAAAUGGAAUAAAGAGUUCUUGAGUAAA